UGCCAGUGGCAGCCUCCCCUGUCCCAACAGCUGAGAGGAUGCCAAGGCCAAGGCUGGGGGCCAGCCCCUACUGCAGCCCCCUAUCCAGGAAAUGCUGUGGGUAGAUAACAAGUCCAGCUCAGACUUCUUACAAGCUCAGAACAAAAGGUUCUUUCCUGUCAGAUGCCUGGCAAGGCUCACCAAGAGCCUGAGGGUAGGAGGGAAAUGGGGUUUCCUCCCCUGGAGUUGUAAAAGAGACACCCCUCCCCCAGGGUGUCGCUCCCCCUCCCCCUACCUCCCACACUGUGGGCUUCCCAUGGGCAGUGGCCAAAGGCUCCUGAAGGACCCUGGCCAAGGGGGGCCUUGGGGAUCUAAUUUCCCCUUACUGAGAGAACAUACUCUCAAGCCCAUGGCAAGACACCCAAGGGUGCCCACUGCCCUGGGCACACCUUCUAAGGGGGCAAACACACCAGGGCCCACCCCUCAAAGUAACCAAGCUUAAACCUGCCACAACAUAAAUUUGUUGGAGUAGCUUUCCAGUUGGAGGGAGUUAAUGGACAUUUUAAAUUAAGAAACAGCUUCCUUAGCGUGCCAACAGGCAAAGAGCAGGCAACAAAUGCUCUGUGUGUUAAACGUGGAACUGAGCCAUUUCCCAUUGUUUGUCCUGUAUAUCUGGGCUUAGAGGAGGAGGACUGGAGUGGGCAGGGUGGCACAGAGGAACAGAGCCUGCUGGGAACUCUGUGAUUUGAGUGCUGAGCUUCCCAGUAUAGGGCUUUCAGCCCCUUCCAAAGCUGGGAGAGAGACGCCUACUGAGGCAGGUUGGGGCCCCAUGGGUCCUUCUUCCCCCUACCCCCAUGGUCCUAUGGCCCUGGGCAGCAGUGUUUUCCUCUUAGAAGGGAGAGAAUACCCUGCCAGCUUACAGUGGGGAGGGGAUGGAGCUGGUGCUCUGAUGGUGGUGAGGUGCCUCCCUGGGGACCAGCCACACGGGGACUUAGCUCUAAGUGCUCAGGGCUCCAUUCAACCAUUUUCAAAAGCAGGUGGUCCUACGAAACUGCCGUCAAGCACCAGAAUCCCCAACCCAGGAUGUCAGACUCUCCCACUUUCUGCCUAUCCCUGCUGCCGAGACUCCUGCCACAGAAGCUAGAGAACCUUCCAUCCUACAGCUGGGGGCAGAGGCCAGAGUCGCCAGUGAUGGGCCUCCGGGAACACUGAUACAAGGACCUGUGGAGGAAGGGCCAGAACUGGGGAUGUGGAGGAGGCAGGGGCCACAUGAGGAAGGACUUUGGACUUCACGCUGAGGAGUGCGGAUUUCAUCCGUCAGAUGAUGAGAGAAGCCUUUUGCCAACAGACGCUGUUUUCAGGCCAGUGCCGUGCAUAUAAUGAAUGGAAGCUGAUGGUUUUUAGAAUAUGAAUAACAUCUUGGCUUUGUGUGACAACUGACAAGGGAUCUGUCUUCAUUUUCUCACAACCCUUCGAGGGAGGAUGGGUAGAAGCGUUUACAGCCAUUUUACACACGACGAAACUGAGAAACUGAGGCUCGGAGAGAUUAUUUUGCUCAGGUCAUAAAACUUAGACAGCGAGAGAGGGAGCACACGAGCAAGGGGAGUGUGAGAGGGAGAAGCAGGCCCCCCGCUGAGCAGGGAGCCCGAUGCGGGACCCGAUCCCAGGGCCCCGAGAUCAUGACCUGAGCCGAAGGCAGACGCCCAACGGACUGAGCCACCCAGGUGUCCCUUACCUAAUUUUUCUUAUGUCGCUUUGGGUGUCACAUCUAAGAAACUAUUGCCUAAUCCAAGGUCACAAAGAUUUGUAUCCGUGUUUCUUCUAAGAGUUUUAUGAUUUUAGCCCUCACAUUGUCUAUGAUCCAUUUUGGGCUAAUUUUUGUAAAUGGUAUGAGGAGGGAGUCCAACUUUAUUCUCUGGCAAGUGGAAAUCCAGUUGUCCCAGAACCAUUUGUUAAAAAGAAUUUCUUCCCUUUCCCUCUAUCCCAUUUAAUUGUCUGGGCACCCUUAUCAAAAAAUCAAUUGAACAUAAUGUAAGAGUUUAUUUAUAGACGCUCAAAUUUUAUUCCAUUUUGGCGCAUAUUUUCUAAGGGAUUUUUUUUCUCACACUGUGAUAACUGGUGAUUCCUCCUUCCCUAGAAGAGAGAUGGAGAUAGUGAGUGACCUCCCAAGCAGACUGCAGACUGCAUUUCCUUUGCUGGGUCGGGCAUCCACAGCUCUGUGCACUGGCCUAAACAUACUGACCUCCUCCUAUAGAAAUCAGAAUACCCUCCAUUGUUUUGAUGGCAGCUGAGAAGUAACUGACUGACCAGAGGCCCUUAUCUCUGUCCUACCUCUCAAGGUUAUUACCAAUAUCAAGUUAGAUAAUUCCCACAAAAGAAUUUAGGAGGUCUAAAGUGCUAUCCAAAUGUAACGUGUAUUCUUAUUAUACCUCUCCCUCAUGAAUAAGACCCUAGAGAGAGAGAGUGAAGUUAUUUUUAAUUUUUAUUCAUUGGGAUCAAGGUUACCGCAUCAAUAUUAUUACAAAUUCCAAAUUAGUGAGCUGUGGCCCUUCCUGUUAUUCUUGCAGGAGGCUGGGAGCCUGCCGCCUGGAAAACUAAUAUGAAUGAUAUUUAUUCCUUUUAUCCACAUACCUCCCUUCCUUGAAUGAGGGCUUACUUUGUGCCAGGCACUGUGCUGAGCUCUGGGAAAACCAGAGACUAAGGUCAACCCAGUCUACGUCUCCUGGAACUGAUGGUGUAGUGGGGAAGUAGGCUAUUAUAGUAAAUGUGACCAUUAGGGAGGUGCGGAGUGACGCCUCCAACCAGCCCUGGUAUCCGUUUGCUCCUCAUAAACCGUGGGGAUGAGAUUAUCUUCCAAUCCAUUUACCUUUGCUUCUAUUAUUUUUCAGUGAGGCAGAAGCUGUUCCAUGCUGAACUCUGUCCUAACCCAGAUGUUCUAUAGACAUCAUCACAAUGCCACAGAGGCCUAAGAAUGGACCAGCCUGCUCUAUGGUCCUCCUAGAUCUGGUUCUCAGAGGGGAGCUCUUCAGAGGGCAGUCCCAGCUGAUAUCUGCCUCCAUCCUGCUUUCCUUGGGUUUCUUUUCUAUGACAGAGAAAGGCUCCCUAGUUACAAGCUAAGCCUCAGGCUCUUCUUCCACUCCACCCAUCAUGCCCCACCCUUACCCUUCCUUCAGGGCCUGAAGGGGUGUUAGACUCAACACCACCACCCCUACCCCCACCACCACUGCAAGCCACCAGUGGAGAUUCCUUCCUCCCGGAAGACAGCAGCUCACUCGUGUGCACACGGCUCAUUGCCCUCAAAGUAUGGAAAACCGAGCUCUUAGGACCACCCGAGAGCCACAUGGCUCUGAGAAGGAGAGCCCAGGCGCCCCGCUUCACCCCCCUGCUUGGGCCCUCCCCCUUGCUAGGACAGCUCUGGUCACAGGGGUCCACCUAGUUAGCCCUGAGGUGCACCUGUGUCCCUUGGCAUGAGGGAAAGCCAGAGGGCCCCAGCUAUCCACCCUCUUCCCCUGCCUGUCCCCCCUCCACCCAGUUUAAGGACAACACCAACCUGCCUCCCCUCUGGAGCAACCACCUUCCUCCCCACCUCUACCCAUCAAUCCUUCGCACACCUCACCCUGGCACCAUGUCAUCUGAUAAAUCAUCUCAGGGGUACUCAGGUCACAGCCUCCGGCACAUACUCCACAUGACAAGGGGAGUCCAUGUGUCCUUCGGAGCCUCAGGCACCGUCCCCACGCAGAUACCGGGAUUCCCAACUGUCUCAAGCAGCUCAAUGGGCUGGGGAAGCACCCAAGUUUGUCCCUUUCCUGCUGCCUCUGCCCUGCCUCUUGCGUCUUCCACCACCCCUCCCACACCCUUGUCCAGGUCUGCUAGGGUAUAGGGUCCUCCCACCUCUGGAGACAGACACCGUGCUGCUGAGGGGUUAGGGGAGGACCCUCAACUUCCACAACCACCUCAAGCAGAUGCCACUCUCUUCCCUCCCUGUGCUCGUCCCUUGGAGGGACACAUGGAUGAUACAGGAAAAGAAUGAUGGGGAGUGUGGAGACCUGAGGUGACUUGGAGCAAGCCACUCAAACCUGAGUCUUAAUUUCUUCAUCUGUCACAAAGAGGGUUAAUUCUUAUCUGGAGGCUCAUCUUGUAGUUUGCGAAGGCUGCAAGUCUCUGUGGUUGUUUCUGCGUAAGCCACUGACAGCUCGUGUCCCCAGUGGGAAGGGGACAUGUGUGCCAGCGCUCCUGUGCCUCUAGACAAACCCUCCCAGUAACGGCCCCUCCGUUCUCCCCCCUUUCCUGGUAGUCCCCCGGCCAGUCCGCAGGUGAGCCUUGCUGCAGCACCUCCCCCGAGCGCCUCCAAAGCCGAAACUUUCCCGGGCCGGUGCAGGCCACACCCCCGUCCCCCAAGGCCUGGUGAAGAAGCUGGACCUGGUGACUGAUCAUUAACCCCAUCUCUGCUGCACUAGCGACGCCGCGGACAGCUCCGCCACUUUGUCACUCCGUAGCCCAGAGAGGCCUGAGGCGGUUAGGCCGGGAGAUUGAGCCCCGGACGCCGCGGGGCUCCCGGGUCUCUGCGCCGAGUCUGGGUGAUGGCAAGGAAAGGGCACCGUGUGCACACUCGGGUGUUCCGGCAAACUGCUGGCUCCCUCAGCCUCGGAGGUGUGUGCGUGUGUGUGUGCGUGUGUGUGCGCGCGCGCGCCGGGCGGCGGGUCCCCCUUUCCAGACGCCUCUGUGAGAGCCUGACCUGAGCCCCAUCCGCCACCCCCCGGGCUGCAGCUCGCGGGGGGCCCUCUUGGCCCCUCCCCGGGCAGGCGCCCCUGCCCAGGCGGGCCAGAAAGCGUCGGUCCCCGCCCCGCUCCGUUAGGCCCGCAGCCGGGGGACUUUGGAGUCGGGGAGGAAGCGCGGUGGGGCGGGGAGGUGGGGGUGUGUCGGAAGGCGGCGGCGGGGUUUUAUAAUCCGCAGGGCGGACGCGGCGCGGGAGAAGGGGCAGCGCCGCGCCGCGCCGUACACCGCGCACCGCGCCAUGGGGGCCGCGUCCGGCCGUCCAGGGCGGGGGCUGCUGCCGCUACCGCUGCCGUUGCUGCCGCUGCUGCUAACGCCGCCCGCCGCCCUGGCGCUCGACCCCGACCUGCAGCCCGGAAACUUUGCCGCCGACGAGGCCGGGGCGCAGCUCUUCGUGCAGAGCUUCAACUCGAGCGCCGAGCUGGUGAUGUACCAGAGCACGGUCGCCAGCUGGGCGUUCGACACCAACAUCACCGAGGAGAAUGCGCGGCGCCAGGAGGAAGCAGCCCUGCUCAACCAGGAGUUUGCUGAGGUCUGGGGACAGAAGGCCAAGGAGCUCUACGACCCAAUCUGGCAGAACUUCAGCGACCCGAUCCUGCGAAGGGUCAUUAGUGGUGUGCGCACCCUGGGCCCUGCCAACCUGCCUGUGGAAAAGCGGCAGCAGUACAACUCUCUGCUCAGCAACAUGAACAAGAUCUACUCCACGGCUAGGGUCUGCUUCUAUCCCAACAAGACUGCCAUCUGCUGGUCCCUGGACCCAGAGCUCACCCACAUCAUGGCCAUCUCAAGAAACUACGCCCUGCUGCUCUAUGCCUGGGAGGGCUGGCACAAUGCAGUGGGUACCCCGCUGAAGCCCCUCUACCAGAACUUCACCGCCCUCAGCAAUGAGGCUUACCAGAAGGAUGGCUUCGCAGACACAGGGGCCUACUGGCGCUCCUGGUAUGAGUCACCCACCUUCGUGGAAGAUCUGGAGCAUCUCUACCAUCAAGUGGAGCCCCUCUACCUGAACCUCCAUGCCUACGUCCGGCGUGCACUGCACCGCCGAUAUGGAGACACAUACAUCAACCUCAGAGGACCCAUCCCUGCUCACCUGCUGGGGGACAUGUGGGCCCAGAGCUGGGACAACCUCUAUGACAUGAUGGUGCCUUUCCCUGACAAGCCGAGCCUCGAUGUUACCAGUACUAUGGUGCGGAAGGGCUGGAACACUACACACAUGUUCCGGGUGGCAGAGGAGUUCUUCACCUCCCUAGGGCUCUCGCCCAUGCCUCCCGAGUUUUGGGCAGGAUCCAUGCUGGAGAAACCAACCGACGGGCGUGAGGUGGUGUGCCAUGCCUCUGCCUGGGACUUCUACAACAGGAGAGACUUCAGGAUCAAGCAGUGCACGCGGGUCACUAUGGACCAGCUGUCCACGGUGCACCACGAGAUGGGCCACGUGCAGUACUAUCUGCAGUACAAGGAGCAGCCUGUCUCCCUGCGCCAAGGGGCCAACCCUGGCUUCCACGAGGCCAUCGGGGAUGUGCUGGCGCUCUCCGUCUCCACUCCUGCACAUCUGUACAAAAUUGGCCUACUGGACAAUGUCAGCAAUGACAUGGAAAGUGACAUCAAUUUCUUGUUAAAGAUGGCACUGGAAAAAAUUGCCUUCCUGCCCUUUGGCUACUUGGUAGACCAGUGGCGUUGGGGGGUCUUUAGUGGGCGUACCCCCCCUUCCCGCUACAAUUUUGACUGGUGGUAUCUUCGAACCAAAUAUCAGGGGAUCUGUCCUCCAGUUGCCCGAAAUGAAACCCACUUUGAUGCCGGAGCUAAGUUUCAUGUCCCAAAUGUGACACCGUACAUCAGGUACUUUGUGAGUUUUGUCCUGCAGUUCCAGUUCCAUCAAGCCCUGUGCAAGGAGGCAGGCCAGCAGUACCCACUGCACAAGUGUGACAUCUACCAGUCCACCCAGGCAGGGACCAAGCUCCGGGAGGCGCUGCGGGCGGGCUCCUCACGGCCCUGGCAGGAGGUGCUAAAGGAGGCGAUUGGCUCGGACACCCUGGACGCUCAGCCACUGCUCGACUACUUCCAGCCGGUCCACCAGUGGCUGCGGGAGCAGAACGAGCGCAACGGGGAGGUGCUGGGGUGGCCAGAGUACCAGUGGCGGCCACCAAUGCCCAACAACUACCCGCAGGACAUCGGCCUGGUGACCGAUGAGGUGGAGGCCAGAAGGUUUGUGGAGGAAUAUGACCGAAGAUCCCAGGUGAUAUGGAAUGAAUACGCCGAGGCUAAUUGGAAUUAUAACACCAACAUCACCACAGAGGCCAGCAAGAUCCUGCUGCAGAAGAACAUACAGAUGGCAAACCACACCUUCAAGUUUGGCACCUGGGCCAGGCAGUUCGAUGUGACUAACUUCCAGAAUGCCAGCAUCAAGCGGAUGAUAAAGAAGAUUCAGGACCUAGAGAGGGCAGCUCUGCCUGCCAAGGAGCUGGAGGAGUACAACCAGAUCCUGCUGGACAUGGAAACCACCUACAGCGUGGCCUCUGUAUGCCACCCCAACGGCACUUGUCUGCAGCUGGAGCCUGAUCUGACGAAUCUGAUGGCCACAUCCCGGAAAUAUGAAGAUCUGUUGUGGGCCUGGAAGAGCUGGCGAGACAAGGUGGGGAGAGCCAUCCUCCCUUUCUUCCCCAAAUACGUGGAACUUGCCAACAAGGCCGCCAGGCUCAACGGCUACGAAGAUGCAGGGGACUCCUGGAGAGACAUGUACGAGAUGCCGUCCCUGGAGCAAGAUCUGGAGCAGCUGUUCCAGGAGCUGCAGCCGCUCUACUUGAACCUGCACGCCUACGUGCGCCGCGCCCUGCACCGCCACUAUGGGCCCCAGCACAUCAACCUGGAGGGCCCCAUUCCCGCCCACCUGCUGGGGAACAUGUGGGCUCAGACCUGGUCCAACAUCUAUGACUUGGUGGUGCCCUUCCCUUCAGCCCCCAAGAUAGAUGCCACAGACGCCAUGAUAAAGCAGGGCUGGACACCCAAAAGGAUGUUUGAAGAAGCAGACAAUUUCUUCACCUCCCUGGGGCUGUUGCCCGUGCCCUUUGAGUUCUGGAACAAGUCAAUGCUGGAGAAGCCAACCGAUGGGCGAGAAGUAGUGUGCCAUGCCUCUGCCUGGGACUUCUACAAUGGCAAGGACUUCAGGAUCAAGCAGUGCACCACGGUGAACAUGGAGGACCUGGUGGUGGCCCAUCACGAAAUGGGCCACAUACAGUAUUUCAUGCAGUACAAGGACUUGCCUGUGACCUUCCGGGAGGGUGCCAACCCUGGCUUUCACGAGGCCAUCGGCGAUGUGCUAGCACUCUCCGUGUCUACCCCCAAGCACCUACACAGUAUCAGCCUACUGAGUAGCGAGAGCGGCGGCUACGAGCAAGACAUCAAUUUUCUGAUGAAGAUGGCACUCGACAAGAUCGCCUUUGUCCCCUUCAGCUACCUCGUCGACCAGUGGCGCUGGCGGGUAUUCGAUGGAAGCAUCACCAAGGAGAACUACAACCAGGAGUGGUGGAACCUCAGGCUGAAGUACCAGGGCCUCUGCCCCCCAGUGGCCCGGUCUCAAGUUGACUUUGACCCAGGGGCCAAGUUCCACGUUCCUUCAAGUGUGCCUUAUAUCAGGUAUUUCGUUGGCUUUGUCAUUCAGUUCCAGUUCCAUGAGGCUCUGUGUCAGGCGGCUGGCCACAAGGGCCCCUUGCACAUGUGUGAUAUCUACCAAUCUAAGGAGGCAGGGAAGCGCCUGGCGGAUGCCAUGAAACUGGGCUUCAGUAAGCCAUGGCCAGAAGCCAUGAAGCUGAUCACAGGCCAGUCCAACAUGUCUGCAUCCGCCAUGAUGAACUACUUCAAGCCGUUGCUGGACUGGCUCCUCACCGAGAACGGGAGGCACGGGGAGAAGCUGGGCUGGCCUCAGUACAACUGGACGCCAAACUCCGCUCGCUCAGAAGGCCCCUUCCUGGGCACCGGCCGCGUCAACUUCCUGGGCCUGGACCUGGAGGAGCAGCAGGCCCGCGUGGGCCAGUGGGUGCUGCUCUUCCUGGGCGUCGCCCUGCUGGUGGCCACCUUGGGCCUCACCCAACGGCUCUUCAGCAUCCGCCACCACAGCCUCCGCCGGCCCCACCGUGGGCCCCAGUUUGGCUCCGAGGUGGAGCUGAGACACUCCUGA